CUGAUUGAAGCUGUGAACGGAAGCCUCACUGAGUGGGAGAAGUCCCAUGAUGUACUGGUGUACAAUUCUCUGAAUCAAAACCAUACUUCAGUGAAUUUCAUCUACUACCCUCAGUUGCCAGGAAUGGCUGAACAUCUCAUGGAUAUCAAAGAGGCUCUUACAUAUCUUGUUAAAAUGUCAGGCCAACUUAGAAAUAACAGCGAUACUGUGCUAGUCAUAGGACGGUAUACAAGUAUAGAUAAGAAGGAUUUUCCAGUUCUGAUGUCAACAUUAAAGCAUCUAGGGCUAACUGGUAUAAGGAUAAUCAGGAAAACAAAGGGAUGUGAUAAUUGUGAGAAAAAUGCAACUGCUUCGGCUAUACUGAAUGAUGAUAUAACAGCAGAAGCUAAACGUUAUGGGUUCGAAAUCCUUCAGACAUUUCCUAUCAUUAUGUCAAGGUACAAAGAUGUGACGUAUAGCAGUACAUGUGCAUUGCAUUACCAUACAAUCGAAAAGGUGUCACAUACGAUGGAGAGAAAUGUAACAACGAUUAAGAAUGAUCGCCAGACAAGUCAACAGCAUGAUAUGUACCAUGUAUAUGGAGAUGUCAUGGCUGCCUACUCAAACAUGCUUAUAAGCAUGCUUCAUGGACAUUGGUCCAAAAAUGGUGAUGUCAUGAACAUACCUUAAACAUUUUAAAUUCAAAACCAUUUCCUACAGAUUUAAUUCACAUCAGGAAGACACAAUUAUUUACGACCAAUUGUUUUAACAAACAGAAUCGUUGUAAAAGAUCUGUUG